CAGAGAUUUUCCAUAGACAAAAAAGCGCUUCUAAUGAACGUGCAAAGAAUAGUGUGCGAGAUAUGCUCUAUAGAAGAAAACCAAGAUUUUUCUAAGAGAGACCCGGUUAUAAACUCGAUUUUGCAAAUUCUGGAGAACGCUAUGUACACCGACAUUGCAAAAAUGGCCAUUCCUAUACAGACCCUAAAGUCUUUUCCAUCGAACCUCUCCCUCUUUCUGCAGAUCAUUGCCAGCGACGGACCGUCGCCCAUUGUCGCAACCCACACUGGAUAUGUCAAAAACCCGAAUUUGAAAAAGAUGUUCAAAAACGUGCAGCUUGUCUCAAGAAAGAUAGAAUCUCUGAUAGCCCAGAACAAUAGCAUAGAAGGCUUUGCAUACUUAGAGGCGAAUAGUAUGCUGCAGAGUUUGUGCAUCUCUGUUGCAGAUCUCAGGAACGAGCUCUGCAUCUUUGCCAUGCCCAGCCCAGAGCAAAACAGGGGCAGGAUGGGCGAGUUCAUCGGCAAGUUCUUUAUCCAGGCAAUUGAGGAAAUCCUAAGAGACUGUCACAUCACAAACUCCACCUUAAACGAGGGCAUAUUUUUGGAGAGCGUCCACUCGCAGGAGCCCUACAGAAUGUCGAUCAUCAAAUCGACAGCCAUCCUUAGCUACCUCAGAGACCCAAGAAAUGCGUUUGAAAUCGAAAGAUCCAUAAGACAAAGCAUCGGCAUGCCGGACCAGCACACCUUUUCUUGGAUACAUUCGCGCGAAUACCAAGAAAUCCACGCAAGACUCUGCGCGGCCCUGGAUGAACUGAACGUGUUUUUCUGCAGCGGCCUGCACAACCCCAGUGCCCACGAAAAAAUGAACACACAUGGCAGAAUGGGUCUUGAAUACUUGAAGCAGGUCCGCUGCAUGUAUGUAAUAGACCCUAUGUGCAGCCAGAGCAACUGUCUAGGCAAUAUACAUCCCGGCAUGAUUUUUUUAAUAUGGCUCACCAGCUCUCUUACUAUAAGAAUUUCCGAGGGCUUCAACAAGCUAGAGCUGCUGAAAGAUGAAAAAGAAGUUCUAUACACAUACGCUCUCGGCAGCUUGAAAAGGCAGGUUUUUGAAGAGUUUAUACAUGAGCAAGCACUAUACGCGUAUGCACAGCCACAAUAUGAUGUGGUUCCAUAG